UGAAGUUUUAUAUUCGUAUCCAUAAAAUGAAAAAAUAACUUGUUUGCAUUCAGUUAUUUGUAUUUAUUUUGUGUUAGAAGAUAUUUUAUGAGCAGUGCAUGGGGUGUGAUAAAAUCAGUCAACAACUAUAAACAACAGGUACUGUUACGGCGCUGACUGAAAUCAUAAAUUGUGUCUAAAGAGUCAAUUAAGUAUUAUCCAUAUAAUUCUAAAUUCUAAAAGCUAAAUAUGCAAAGUCGUACUUUACCAACUACUGAUACUCAAUCACCCGAAGGAAGUGAAGACCCGCAACAAAGAAACAAAGAAGAACAAGAAAAUUCAACGAAUGAAGAAGGAGAAGAUGAAUCAUUACUUCCAGAUAGAACUUUGCUCACGUACAAAGCAUUUUAUUUCUUGUUCUUCGCUGGAUUUGGUUCAACAUUUCCCUAUUUGACAAUAUAUUUUAAGCAAAUGGGACUCACGGCAUCAUAUGUUGGUACGCUAUCAGGAAUACGGCCAUUAGUCCAGUUCGUAAGUGGGCCGUUUUGGGCUUAUUUGGCUGACAAAUAUCAGAGCAGGAAACUUGUGUUGAGUAUGUCUGUCGUUGCAUGGCUGAUAUUCACUUUAGCUUUAGCAUUCCCUCAACCAAAGAAGACAAAAUGUGAACAAUUCAACUCAACUAAUCAUGUUCAAAUACGGGACGUCCAUCGAAGUGUGUCAUACUCUGGUCUUCCCUUAGCUCCUAUUCCCGUAACUGAAGGUCUUUUUGCAAAGAAAAAAUCCACGAUAGGUCUUGCAGUCAAGAAAGAGGAAGAACAAACAAAAAUCAUUGUUUAUGAUAAGAAUGAGCUUCGAACUCUAUUUUACAUAUUUCUUAUCUUAAUAGUGGUGGGUGAGAUCUUCGAAGCACCGUCAUUUAUUAUGAUUGACACAGCGUUGAUUCAGAAACUAGGUGAUAAAUGUCAUGACUAUGGUAAGACGCGUUGUUUUGGCUCUAUGGGCUAUGGUUUAGCGUCAUUUGGUGUUGGUGCUGUCCUAGACACAACCAGAUACAUUUAUUGUGGACGAGAAAUGAACGACUACAUGGUGAUUUUCUAUUUUUUUGUUGCAUUCAUGAUAAUAGGGUUGAUUUUUGUAUUGGCACUUAUAACGUUCAAGUACAAUGAAAAUUCGACUUCCUGCGAUUCAAGCAUAUUCAAGGUUUAUAAGCUGUGCUUUUCAGCAAAGUAUGCGACAUUUUUGCUUACUGUUUGGUUUAUGGGAAUUGGAAAUGGUGGGCAGGUGACAUUCAUAAAUUGGUAUUUGGAAGAUCUAGGUGCUAGUAAGUUUAUGAUGGGUUUAGCCACAACAAUCAGAUCAAUGGCUGUGAUUGUUGGUUUCUUUUUAUCUGGCGUGCUAAUCAACCGACUCGGAGAGUUACCGUCAGUGUUUUGGUCUCUGGUGGCGUUUGCUGUUAUAUUUUUUGGUUACUCGAAUUUGGUCAACCCUUGGCUUGUUAUUCCAUUAGAAAUACUGCAAGGCUUCGUUUACGCAUUAUCGUGGGCGACUUGCAUUGUAUAUUUAUCAGCGGUAACACCAGAUGAUGGAGCAGCCACCAUGCAAAGUAUUUUACAAGGAAUUUACUGGGGCCUCGGGACAGGCAUCGGUGCUAUUCUUGGUGGAGUUUUAAUCAACCAAUAUGGUAUCAUUUCAGCAUAUCGUAUUGGAGGAACUGCAACGAUAGUUGUAACAUUUUUUUUUGUUAUAUCUCAAUGGUUGAUCAGCAAGUACAACACAGUACCAUCACGUGAAGAUAAAGUAAAUUUAUCAGACAAUCCUGAAUCAUCAGAAACAAAAAAUACAGAAACAAAAGGUCCUUAGAUCUUUAUGGUCCUUAGAUUAAAAUAUCUUUCACACUAUAAAGACUAUGUUAUAUACUUUUAGAGGGUGUCCAAACAAAGAAACAAAAAAAAUUAUCACAUAUUUAUUACUGUUCUUUAAACCAAUCUUAAACCGCGAGUGGUUAGACAUUUAUUUUGAAACUGAAUCGCAACAAAAUACUACCCUUUGCUCUGUCAGUUAAACCCUGAUAUCCUUGUUAGUCCACAUUUAUGGUAUUAUAGAAAUGAUUGAAUGUCUAUAUUUUUAAAAUUUAACUUUUUUGGAACACCCUGUAGAAUUAAUAACAGUCUAAAGAUAGCUUUUGAAAUUAUUAUAGAAAUUUAAUAGUUUAAAUAGUAUAAUAAUUGUCCCACCAUGGAUGGGUUUGCUCUGUUGAGUAAUGCUAUAUAUGCACAUUCGCACUCUUCAUGCACUUACGUCGAAG